CAAAGUUGGAGCGAGCGGAAAGGCGGUCCCAUUUCCUACUCACCUGCAAACGUGAUUGGUGCGAGGGUGUAUGAGUGGGUGUGCGGGGGUGUAUGAGUGGGUGUGCGGGGGUGUAUCAGUGGGUGUCCGUCAUGCCUGGCACAUUGUUGAUGUGAAGCCCUAUAUGCCGACUCCUCUGUCCUGGGAUUCGUGAGAAUCGUUCAAGUCCUCGCUCGUGCAGCAUCCCACUCGCUCGCAGUAUCCAGAGCGCAGCAGGCGUCCAGGUGUCUUCGGGGAGACCUGCCCCACUCGACUCACUUCCGUCAAGAGGAGAGCUGAGCGCGGAGACAGACACCUGCCUACAGUUCACUAGAGGGGGGAUCUUUACGCGCACCGGACGCGUUUCCAUCGCUGCUUCCCAUUGUUUGCGCUCCAUGGAGCAGGUGCUUCUCGACUUUCUCCACUGUCUUCAAAAGACUUUUGCUCCAGUACAGUGACAUUCACUGCAGACGACUGUCUUCACGUUUGAAAGCCAUCGACAUCAACGAGAAACAUGGAUAACAGCCCUGGAGGCGGAGUCAUCCUGUAUGCAGGUUCCUCUGGCAGUUCCAGUCCCAGCCCCGGCAGCCCCUCGAGCGGGUACCAGACACAGUCGCCCUCCUCACACUCCCAGCCCUCAUCUCCAGAGGAGGUUACCUUCACAGAGAUUGGGCCACUGAAACAGAGGGCAGCUGGGUGCAACACUACAUCCUCCAAACUUGUGUUCCAGUUCCCAGAGGUCUACAGUGGGCCCUCAGCAGCAUCCACCCCGCAGCAUACCUAUGCACACCCCAUCGCAGGGAAGAGGCCGUGCGGAUUCGCAGGAACAUUCACCAAAACAGGUGGAAUGGUCCUGCUUUGCAAAGUCUGUGGGGACAUUGCAUCCGGUUUUCACUACGGAGUGCAUGCAUGUGAAGGUUGCAAGGGUUUUUUCCGCCGCAGCAUCCAGCAGAACAUCAAUUACAAGAUGUGUGUGAAGAAUGAGAACUGUCUGAUCAUGCGCAUGAACCGAAACCGCUGCCAGCACUGCCGUUUCAAGAAAUGCCUCUCUGUCGGCAUGUCAAGAGAUGCUGUACGCUUUGGUCGCAUCCCUAAGAGAGAGAAGCAGCGACUUCUGGAUGAGAUGCAGAGCUACAUGAACAGCCUAAAUGAGUCGGCCGCCAUGGACAUGGACUCAUCGUCGGAGAGGGAUGCUCUCCCAUGCCAAGAAGAUAGCAACUCAAAAGAGGCCAUUGGGACCAUCUCCAGAGCGUACCGUGACAUCUUCACCAGCAGCAACAGCAGCAACACACAGGAGAGAGUGGCCAAAUGGGCUAACAUCCCCACCACCACAAACAACAACACAUCUACCUUUUCUCAGGAUGCCAGUUUCCCCCAAAUCUCAUCUCAUCCCAACUUCGCCCAGAGUUAUCAGUCUUGCCCCGUUGCCCCUGCCAACCUAUGCCCAGUUGCCCCUAACGACAACCAAACUGCAUUCCACAAUGUGGAGAACAAUCGCUACACCUACUAUGUGUCAACAAAUCAGAAUCAUGACCAGUCUAAUGGUGCAACACCUCAAAGUGGCACCUCUGCCAAUCACAACAGUUUUCACAAUGCAAGAAGCGCCACAAAUCAGCCUUCCUGCCCAUGGAAAUCUGCUCAAGGAGCUAAAGUGCUGGCCUGUCCUCUCAAUGCGUGCCCUGUUUCAGGGGUAGAUCGUACGAGCCAGGAGAUAUGGGAAUCCUUCUCUCAGUGUUUCACUCCUGCUGUCAAGGAGGUUGUAGAAUUUGCAAAGGGCAUCCCGGGAUUUCAAGACCUCAGUCAACAAGACCAGGUCAUGCUGCUCAAGUCAGGCACCUUCCAGGUUCUAAUGGUGAGGUUUUGCACCUUGUUCAAUGCUGAGGAACGUACAGUGACCUUUUUGAAUGGACAAACUUACCCACUCUCUACACUGCGGGCUUUGGGCAUGGGCUCCCUGCUGGACGCAAUGUUUGACUUCAGCGAGAAGUUGAGCUCCUUAGGGCUAGAGCCUGAUGAAAUGGCUCUCUUCAUGGCUGUGGUACUGGUCUCUGCAGACCGUUCUGGCAUCUCAAACAUGUGGGCUGUAGAGCAGCUCCAGGAGGGUCUGAUUCGAGCCCUGCGGUCACUUAUCAGCCGACGUCGUCCAGAUGACACCACCCUCUUCCCGAAACUCCUCCUGCGCCUGCCAGACCUACGCACCCUCAACAAUCUGCACUCUGACAAACUGUUGGCCUUUCGCAUUGACCCUUGAGCAGACCACAUGGUCACAGACACAAACUAUUUACACAAACAUAUACUGUAUUCAGCACACCAAACGCACUGGGACACACAUAUAUUACCUUCCAAGGGCCCGACUUCCUUCAGAACGGAGAAACAAGGAAUUUUGUGAGGAGUGUUUUUCAAAAAAGAAAAGCGACGCCGUGGCGAACAUGUUCUUUGAUUGCCCAUUUCCAUGCAAUAUUUUGGAACAAAUAAACACACACAUUCAAACUCAUGUAUAUACAUUAACCACAACACCUCUCGAAAGACAUUCUUCCAGUUAAAAAAGAUAAAUAAUUGUGUAGAGUUACUAUUACCCUUUUGAACAGAUCACUUGUGCAUUUGCCCAUUAUAUCCAAAGUACUUAAGAAUAAAAGCCAGUUCACUUCUGUUUAUUCCUGGAGUGGUACAGUAUCAUCUGGCCAUCACUAAGCAGCAGCUGAAAGAUGAAUAUCGUAGACAAGUUUAUUACUUAGGAAGCAUUAGUGAUGACUGACCAUGAGUCCGUUUGUAUUUAAGAGAAAGGGAAGCUGUAUAUAAUACAUAGCAAAAUCCGAAAUACUAAGGUAAUUGUGUAUCACUGUUUCACAAACAUGCUAUCUGCAUUAGCACUUGAAUGAGACCCUUAUUUCACAAAAACAUUAUUUCUGCACUUACUGUAUCAAAUCUGCGAGAUGGAGAGUAUUUGUAUUUCCUUUGUUUAUUUUUGUUGCUGUAAAUAUUAUUUUUACCCCAAUGUCAACGUGUCAAUGACUGAAAAAAAAAAAGUAUAUAUAUCAAAUGGAUGGGACAGACAAGUUUGUUGUAAAGAAGACUGUACUGACCUUCCUGUCUGAGGUGGGGGUUUGGCCAUGCCAAUGGGGGCUUUUCACAGGAGACUAGCAGGGAUUCUCAGAAAGCUUCGACACACUUCCUGCUAUCAGAUUAUGUAACCAACCAGCAUAAUCCCUGAAAUCACCAGCAUUCACUCCACAUGCACCCUUCCUCUGUCCCCCAAUGUUUGUCAUACAAACAAGAGAUAUUUUUGGGUGAGAGAUCUAAUUUAAUUGGUCUUCUCACUGUUUUGCUUGUUUGAUUGUGGCUGAUUAAGCACACCAUGUACAUUUUGUAAAUUUUUCUUCCUAAAUAGAGUUAUAUAAUGAUAUAAAGUUCGAAUUAUGUAUUAA